AUGUCUUUUCCUGCUGUGCUGGAAAGAGGAGAUGAUUUCCUUUCAGAGUACCCAAGAAGAUCCAAAGCUUGGGCUUUCAUCUCACACGCAGCUUGUGUCCUCGUUGUGGGUGGUAGUAAGCUCGUCUUGAACAUUGCCUACCGUCCAGAAGUUACAGGCCUGGAAAAGUUAGACGCUGCUCUGGAGAGAUCUAAGAGGGAAAAUAGAGGUAUAAUCACCGUCAUGAACCACAUGUCUGUUGUUGAUGACCCAUUUCUUUGGGGCUGCCUUCCUUGGAAAUAUUUCAGAGAUGUCGAUGUUAUUCGAUGGGGUUUAGCUGCGUCCAAUGUGUGUUUUAAAGGAACGUUUUUGAGUUAUUUCUUUUCGGCAGGUAAGAUUCUCUCCACGGAAAGGUUCGGCAGAGGUCCAUUUCAGCCUUCAUUGGAUGCUACCGUCAGAUUACUAAGCCCUGACGAUACGAUGGACCCAGGGUUUAUGUUUGUUCCCUCCCCAAAAGCAAGCUUAUUGCACUGGAUAAAAAGUCCACUUACUCAGAAAAUAAAAGAGAUUGACUCCAAGCCUUAUCACCCACCUGUGAUGAGACACUGUCCUUCUUGGAUUCAUGUUUUUCCAGAAGGAUUUGUAUGCCAAUUACAACCACCGCAUUCAAACUCAAUGAGAUACUUCAGAUGGGGAGCCUCUCGUUUAGUGUUGGAGCCGACUGUGCCUCCCAUAGUAGUUCCUAUUUUUUCAACUGGUUUUGAAAUGAUUCAACCAGAGUCUGGAGCUGAGAAUAUCUUUGAAAGAUAUCUUCCCCAGAACUACGGCCAAGAGAUAAAGGUUGUCAUUGGAGACCCGGUAGACGAUAAAGUGAUUGAAGAUUUUAGAAAGGAAUGGAAAAAUCUGUGUGAGAAGGAAUAUGAUAGAAAUAACCCUAGGGACCUUUCGCAUGAGUUGAAGUUUGGUAAGCAGGCGAAGGACCUACGGAGCAGAGUUGCUGCGGAACUGCGACAGAAUGUCUUGAAUAUUCGUAACCAGCUGGGGUUCAAUCCGGAAGACCCAAGAUUGAAGGAUCCCAAGUUUUGGAAAAGAUACACCAACUCUAAAGGUUUGAGUGAUCCCGAUAUCAAGUUUAUCGGAAAGAACUGGGCUGUGAAGGAGUACCAGGCAAAGGUAAAAAGUUACGAUGAGUUCGGAAAUGAAAUAAAAGAUGAUCAAAGAUGA